UAGGGGAGGGGACCUGAGAGGAGGGGACGAGCAGAGGGGAGGGGAGACCUGCCGCCUCCCUCCUUGGCUCGCUGACUCCCUCCCGGGCUGCGGCUGCUGCAACGGUGGCAGCGGUGGCAGCUGCAGUGGGAGCAGUCUGGAGGCCAGCGUCGAGGAUUUGCUGCUCUCUCUGCUGCUCCAUCCUUCCCACAGAGGCCCUCUCCCCUUUCCCAACACAAGAUGGCAGCCAGCAGCUCUGAGAUCUCUGAGAUGAAAGGGAUAGAGGAGGGUCCCCAGACCCAAGGAGAAGGGUCUGGCCAUUCUGAAGCCAGAACUGGCCCUCUCCAGGUCCCAGCUGGGGUCCCAGAUGAGCCAGAGGCCCUGCACCCAGGCCCAGACAUCACUGGGGCCCCUGUGGACUCAGAGCCCAAGGCUGGGCUGGCUCCAGAAACCACAGAGACCCCAACUGGGGCCCCAGAAACAGCCCAGGCCAGAGACCUCAGCUCAAGCCCAGGAGGGGAAUCAAAAGCCAACUCCAGCCCCAAAGAAGCAUGCCAAGAGCCAGCAUCCAAACCCGAAGUGAGCGAAGAGGCCACUGCAGACCAGGGGUCAGACCUGGAAUCUGCAGCCCCACUUGAGCCAGCCUCAGAGCCCACUCCCCAGCUGGGCCCCCAGUCAGUCCCUCAGCCAGACCCCCACCCAGGUUCCCAGCCCACCUUCAAGCCAGCUCUUCAGCCGGAGCCCUCUACUCAAGCGGAGGACCCCACUCCGGUCCUCACAGAGAGUGUGGGGGAAAAGCAGGAGAAUGGGGUAGUGGUUCCCCUGCAGGCUGGCGAUGGCGAAGAAGGGCCAGCCCCCCAGCCUCAUUCACCACUCUCAACAAACGCCCCCCCAGCCAAUGGGGCUCCUCCUCGUGUGCUACAGCAGCUAGUUGAGGAGGAACGACUAGGAAAGGCUCACCGUGGUCAUCUAGGAUCUCCCCGAGGUAGCCUGAGCCGCCACCCCAGCUCCCAGCUGGCAGGGUCUGGGGUGGAGGGGGGUGAAGGCACCCAGAAGCCUCGGGACUACAUCAUCCUCGCCAUCCUGUCCUGCUUCUGCCCCAUGUGGCCUGUCAACAUCGUGGCGUUCGCUUAUGCUGUCAUGUCCCGGAACAGCCUGCAGCAGGGGGACGUGGAUGGGGCCCAGCGUCUGGGCCGCGUGGCCAAGCUCUUAAGCAUCGUGGCACUGGUAGGGGGGGUCCUCAUCAUCAUCGCCUCCUGCGUCAUCAACUUAGGCGUGUAUAAGUGAGGGGCUCUGCCCUGCAUUCCAAGAUUUUUCUUCCUGUUGGGAGCUGCCUUGGGCCCAUCCUCCCCUUGGGGGAGCCCAAUCGAUGGCCCAGGCCUGCACCCAUAGGGACCAAGGGAGCCUGAGCGGCCUUGUUUACAGCUUCCUUCCUGCUCCUGCAUCCUGCCAGGCUCCUCUGCCAACUGUAGGCCUCCUUUCUCCCUGCACUGUUUCCAGCCUUCCUGCACCUCUGCCUGCAUCCCCUCCAGCCUCUUGGCCUCCCUCUCCCUGCACUUCUGGAAACUUCCCUGAACACCUCCCAGACUCUCUUUGCUCUCAGCCUCCCUGCAUCUCUGCCAUCCUUCCUGCACUUCUUCCAACCUCCCAAAUUCCCUGCACUUCAACCCUGGUCUCCCCUCCUAACUUUCAUUGUCUUAGCAUCUUCCCUUCCCUCUCCACACCCUCCUCCCCCUUCCCCUUCUUGCCUCCUCCUCUCCCCUCAGCAUCCUCUCCUCCCCUCAGGAUCCUCUCCUCCAUCCUCCUGCCACCGCUUAUUCUGCAGACUCCAGCACUUAGAUCAGUCUGGGGGAGGGGAGCGGUGCCUUGAGAGGGGCUCCCUAGCCCUGGGCUCCGCCUAUUUUCUGCUGGGACCACCCCGGCCCAGACGCCCCCAGGGCGCCUCGCGGGUCCCAGAGCUGGCAAGCCAGGCCUCGUUUGGGGACUUGUGCAGGUGUGGGGAACACUGUUUCGAACAUGCAGUGGGAGAAGGGAAGGGCGCGGCUGUUGACCACCGCCCCCCCCCAGGUCAGCCUGAGUUGGCCUGUUUGACCUGGGCUUUUUAACCGAGUCAGCGAGUUUCUUAAAGGCGUUGGGGCUGGGGUCAUUCACGUGCUUUGUAACGAAAGAACCCCCAAGAUAGGACCAAAGCUCCCAGCUGCAUGGAGCGAAGGAGGGGCGGGGAGCUCUAUAAUUUUCUGACAGGACGAGGGAGGUUUGUUGCACGCGACAGCCCGCUGGGGAGGCAGGGACCCAGCUACGACGCAGUUUGGAGUUGGCGGUUUUUUUGUUUUCUAAAAAAAGUGUGGAGGGAAAAAACUACAAGUCUAAAAAAAAAAAGGAUACAUCAAACUGAUUGUCCCUUUUUGUAUGCCGGAUGCUGCAUGAGUCUGAAACACUAAUAAACGGAGACUGCAUGA